AUGUCAGACUGUUGUUUGAAGGGGCUCCGAUGGGGUGCUGAGACUGCCGGUCGAGAGGGAAAUGUCGCUGGGCUUGACUGCUAUAUUACAGGAACGAACAAAGAUGUUGCCAUAGUCGUGAUCCACGAUCUUUUCGGCUGGACUUUCAAAAAUGUCCGUAUCCUCGCCGAUCACUUUGCCGAUGAGGUCAAUGCUACAGUAUACGUUCCUGACUGCUUCGGAGGUGAGAUCCUGCCGACCGACGUUUUAUUCGACAAGAGCCGAUUUGGCGAGAUCGACUUGCCUGCAUUUCUUAAGCGCAAUUCUCGAGCUACACGGGAACCAGUAAUCAUCAAGUUUGCUGAGUGGUUGAGAGCGUCUUACUCGCGCGUAGGUGCCAUGGGCUACUGCUACGGAGGAUGGGCCGUCUUUCGCUUGGCGGCCAAGGACAAGAAUCUCGUCGACUGUAUUUCCACCGCGCACCCGUCAAUGCUGCAGAAGGAGGAUAUUGCAGGCACCAGCGUCCCAACACAAAUCUUGGCCCCCGAGUUUGACCACAUGUUCACCGCCGAGUUGAAAGCAUACACCCAGCAAACUUUGCCACACACGCAUGUUCCCUAUGACUACCAGUACUUUCCUGGACUUGAACACGGAUUUGCUAUCAGAGGUGAUGCUCGGAACGAGGGGGAGAGGAAGGGCAUGGAGAGGGCUAAGAACGCAGCCUCCUUGUGGUUCCGAGAAUGGCUACAGCAGAAUAAGUAG